CUCACUCAUGUAGUGGCUGACACCUCUGUCUAAAAUGGCAGUCAAAGCACUAGGACCCAGUCGAAAUGUUUUCCUUUUUUGCUGUUUGAAUUACAUCAGCUUCACCGCUGUUUGUGGCACGAUAAGAGUAACAACCAAUCAGAGCCUCGUCGUUGGGUUUGAGAACCAAUCGGUCCUCCUUCCUGCUGUCUACAUCCUGUCCGAGCAACCCCUCUUCAUGCAGAUAAACUGGGACUUUGGAAUGACCCCAGUCAUCCUGCAAACCAUCCACUUCCAAGGCGGGAAGGCCUUUGAAGACCCCAAAAAGAGCUUUGUUUCAGAGAAGCAGUAUCAGGGGCGGGUGGCAGUGUUCCCUCAGAACGGGUCUCUGCUUAUCAAGAAUCUGACGCUGAGUGACAGCGGGACCUACAAGAUCACCGUCAAGAACUCCCAGACCGGCUCUCCGCAAAGCAUGCACGUGGUCCUCAAGGUUUUACAGAACGAAGAAGCCAGCAGUACCUACCUUGGUUUAGAGGGUGAUGAAGUGAAUUCCACGGAAGCACCCCCGUGUCAAAGCCAUCGGGUCGUUCGCAGCGGAGUGGGGGUGGCUGUGGCCAUGGAAGCGGUGUCCUUUGGGGUUUCCAUCACCCUGCUCCUGCUCAUCUAUCUCAUUGCAAAGAAGACCUGUCUGACCAGAAGGAAUGGGCUUUGCAAGGUCACAUUCUGAAUCUGACAUUACGGUUUUAUUAAGAGCCACACUGGGCAUUGCAGAAGCUUCCAUGAGAACAUAUCAAAUUAAUCUUCUGGGUUUGCAUUGGUCAGCCCUGAAUCUGCCUGGCUUUUACCAGUUAACUCCGUGUUCGUGUGCAGCUGUGGUAUUAGCAAAAACAGCAGGCGUCUAUGCUUCUAUUAAAGUGAGAUCCGGACACGCAUGUUUUCAGAUGGGAGAACCUCAGUCUCAGCUGACUUUAUCCCACGCACCCUGUCGCGUUGGCUCCUGUGCUCCCACCGUGUUAGGAAGGCAAGCUCUUCUGGGAUCAAGUCACCUCACGCCACUGCAGCGCUCCCCUACUGGCCCACUACAAGGCUAGCCAGUAGAUUGUCAGCAUCUCUUGAGUGUAAAGAAGCUAUUGGCACCAGGAAAACCUAAUUAAGUUGGCACAUCCAGCUUGAUCUGUAAAAUGUAAUUGCAGCUGGUCCAUAUUUACUGUACUCUGUUUCGUUGGAUUUAGUAUAAUUUCUGUAUGAUCAAAUUGUAAUGUGUAGUGUUUCAUUUUAGAAUAUGACCUAUUCAGCGUGUGACACCUGCCGGUGAAACAUUGUAUUGCAGUAAUACUCUGACAAACCGGCUUCUACUCAGAUAUCGCCCUGAUGAUUUAUGCAUGGCAAACCCAGUCUCAUAUGUUUCACCAAUAUGUUCGUUGAAAGUAAGA